UUUUGAGUUAUUUCUACACUCCAUUUAAAUAACGUUGUUCUCCUUUGGUGGGGAGAAACAGUUGUUUUCUUUGUUUUUUCUUUUGUGCGUGUGCGAGAGAGAUUUCUUUGUGUGAGACCUAGUCGUGUGGCAAUUAUUCUCCCAGCCCCAACCAGACAUUUAGUCGCCUUUUGCUGUUGCCUAAGGCCUGUUACAGAGACGGGUGGUGUGUUUUAUUUAAUUUUAAAUUUUUUAUUUAUUUCUUGGAGUGUUUUCGGUUAAAAAUUCAUAGAAAAUUGUGUGAAUUAAUUUAUAUAAAAUUGAAAUGUUAUAUUUUUGUGGCAUAAAGAGUACUUCUCUCUUGAGUUAGUUUUGAUUUGAAAACCACUCAAGAGCCCAUGGUGGCUCUCACCACAAACCGGUUGUUGCUCUUCACUCAAUUGCUGUUGAAUCUCAGAGGCCUCCAUUUGGUUCGAAAAAUCAUCUAUAUUGUGGGGUUUUGCUAUACAGAAAAUCAGUUAUUGCUAAACUUUUGUAUAAAACACAUUACAAAAAAAAACCAAACAACCCAAAACAACUACAAAUUGCAAACCACAAAAAAUAAAAAGAAAUACUUAACUAGAAGAAGAAGCAGAAGAAAAAAUAAUAUAUAAUUAAAACAAGAAGAAAUUCAAUGCAAUUUUAUGAAAUACAAGAAUAAAUAAAAAUAUUCUUAAAAAAGCUAAAAUUUUAGUGGAAUAAAAAAUAAGCAAGAAAUAUAUAAUUCAAAGUAACCAAUUCCGGAAACCAUACAAUAUUUAUUGGUGCCUUUGCCUGCUCUCUUUUUUUUUUUUUGUAUGACAAGAUCCUCAAAUUGAAGAAAGGAAAAAUUAAAAAAGAAAAAUUAAUUCAAGAAAGAAAAGAAGCAAAAAUUCACAAAAAUUGAAUACUUAACAUUUUUAAAGCCUAAAAAUAUCACAAGAAAAAAUAAAUUUGAAAAAGGCCAUAAAAAAUUUUUUAUAAAAAAUAAAUUUUCAAAAACUGUGAUUUAAAAAAAAGAAGAAAUUCAAGAAAAAUAAACUCAAAAAGGAAUUGAAGAAAAUAAAUUAAAAAUUCCCCCACAAAGCAAAAAUAAAUUAUAUAAUUAUCAGAAACAAAAAAAGAACAUUUAACCCCCUAAAAGCCAACCAAAUCAAAGAGGGGCCCUCUCAACAAACAAGCAUUGUGAAACCAAGCAACAUAUCACUAUUAAAAAGUGCAACUUUAUAAAAAAAAAACAAACAGAUAAUAUCUCUAUCCUCUGCAAAAGCAAGAAGAAGAAAAAUCCCCAAAAGACUGUUCACCCCAAGAACCACACAUCCAACCCAUCUUUUUUGUACUUAAAAAAAAAUAAGAAGCACACCAGUUAAGCAGCCGAGGGAAAGGAAUUGAAAAUCAAUCCCCUACCCCAACCCGUCAACAUUACAAAAUUCAUUUGAAAAAGUUUAUAUUCACCAAACUCGAAUUCAAAAUGCUGGGUACAAUGGCAAUGCGUCAACCCGAAAAUUGGCUCUAUGAAAUCUGGCAGAAGGGCUAUGACAGCCCAUGCUAUGUAAUGGUGCCGAAUGCAAAAGAUCUCGUCAAAUCCCAUUUGAUGAUCGCCGUUCGUGAGGAGGUCGAGGUACUCAAAGAAAAGAUCUCCGAACUUAUGGACAAGAUCAAUCAAUUGGAGGUUGAGAAUACCAUCCUGAAGGCGAAUAUGUCACAGGAGACGCUGCAACAACUGCAAAUGCAGAUAACUGGGACGGCAACGCCCAACAACAUGAUUACGGCAGCGCCAACACCAACACCAACACCACCGGCAGCAACAGUGGCAGCGGCCAAUGCUAUAGCCGUGGUGGCCAACACCAAUGCUUUGGGCAAUCAACAGCAGCAACAACAACAACAGAUUGCUGUCAUAAAUGCAGCAAAUACUGGCAGUGGCACAGCCACGCCCACAACAACACAAACAGAAAAUAUUGCCAAUGUAGAACAACAGCAGCAGCAACAACAUCAAAAUACUAGCAGCAGCCAGCAACAAAAUGAUGAUGCAGCGGCAUUAUUGCAACAACAGCAGCAACAGGCAGCCAAUGGACCAAUGUCUUAAAUAUAAGUUUAAGUUAUGUUUUUUUUCUCUCUCUCUUUGCCCAAAAGAACACAGAAAACAACUACAACAGCAACAAAAUUUUGUAAGGUUGUGUGUUACAAUAAGAAGAAGAAGAAAAAUUUGAAAUCCAAAUUUUUGCUUAACAAACAAACAACAAAAAUGCAACACAAAAGUUUGUAAACAAACACAGAUGGUAAAGCAAAGCUAGGCCAGAAUAGCAACAAAUUGCCAACGGGGAAAAGGAUGAACAAGAAAGGGUUUUUCUUUGGAAAAAGUAAAAUAAUUAAAAAAAACAUGGAGGAACUGAACUCUAGGCCCUACAAAAAUUAGAAAUUGUUAACUUUUCCUGUGAUUUUUUUAAUUAAAA